ACAAGUAGAACAAAACUAGGAUGUCUGUUGUUUCAGCAGUAGCUCUUGCUCCUUCCCAAAGUUCCAAAACCGAUAACAAUCGUCGGUCAGCUUUGUUUCAUCCUAAUGUUUGGGGUGAUUAUUUCCUUUCAUAUGCCUCCAAUUUUGAGGAAACUGAAUACAGAAUAGAGCACCAAAAGCUGAAGGAGGAAGUGAGACAGAUGCUAUUGGCAGUUUCUGAUAAGCCUAUUAUAACAAAACUUGACUUGAUCGAUUCAGUUCAACGCUCGGGUGUGCAUUACCAUUUUGAAAGGGAGAUUGAUGAGAUGUUACAACAAAUGAAAACUAUAGAUUCCAACUGCUGUGAUCAGGAUAAACAUGAUAGCCUUUACAGCAUUUCUCUUCGAUUUCGGUUACUCAGACAGCAUGGCUAUAGAAUUUCAUGUGACAUGUUCGAAAAGUUUAAGGAUGGUCAAGGAAAUUUCAAAGAAUCCCUUACCUGUGAUGUUCGAGGAAUGUUAAGCUUGUAUGAAGCCACACAUUUAAGGAUUCAUGGGGAAGAUAUACUAGAAGAAGCACUCGCUUUCACUACCACUCACCUUCAUUCCAUGGCUGCAACCUCACCCUCUCCUCUUUCAGAACAGAUAAGUCAUGCAUUACGGCAACCUCUCCAUAAAAACUUACCAAGGCUUGAGGCCAAGCGAUACGUGUCCUCGUACCAAGAAGAUUCUCUACACAAUGAAGUUCUGUUGAGGUUUGCUAAGUUAGAUUUCAACAUUUUACAACAACAGCACCGGAAGGAACUUCGUGACAUUACAUGGUGGUGGAAAGAUUUAGAUGUUUCAAGUAAGCUAUCAUUUGCUAGAGACAGAAUCACAGAAUGCUACUUCUGGGUUUUAGGAGUGUACUUUGAGCCAGAAUAUUUUCUUGGCAGAAAAAUAUUGACUAAAGUAAUGGCCAUGACUUCCAUUCUAGAUGACAUCUAUGAUGUGCAUGGAACAAUUGAAGAACUCGAGCUCCUUACUGAAGCAAUUGAGAUUUGGGAUAUCAGUGCAACAAAGCAUCUGCCAAAGUAUUUGAAAGUAUUCUAUGAGGCUCUCCUAGAUGUUUUCAAUGAAAUCAAAGAAAAUAUGCUCGAUGAAGGGAAAUUGUACCGGAUUGACUAUGCUAAAGAAGGGGUCAAAAAUCUGGCUAGAGCUUACUGGAUUGAAGCUAAGUGGUUUCACCACAAAUAUGUUCCAACAAUGGAAGAGUACAUGCCAGUUGGAUUAGGCACUUCAACCUACUCACUUCUAUCAACCACAUCUUUUGUUGGAAUGGGAGAUAAUGUUACCAAGGAUGUUUUUGAUUGGAUACUUAGUUAUCCCAAAAUGAUUACUGCUGCUUCAGUAAUUUGCAGACUCACUGAUGACAUAGUCUCCCAUGAGUUUGAGCAAAAGCGAGGGCAUGUAGCUUCGAGUGUAGAAUGCUACAUGAAACAACAUGACACCACGAGACAACAAGCAGUAGAUGAAUUUUACAGACAAGUGUCUGAGGCAUGGAAGGAUAUAAAUGAAGAAUGUCUCAAUCCAACCAGUCUCCCAAUGCCACUCCUCAUGCGUAUUAUUAAUCUUGCUCGCGUAAUAGAUGUUGCAUACAAGGAUGGAGACGGCUACACUUUCUCGGAAGUUCUACUUAAAGAUUCUGUAACUUCUCUGCUCAUUGAUCCAAUGCCUUUAUGAUACGGAAUUGAAUCAACCAAUUGUAUUUUAAUCCUAUCUGCAUCCAGGUAUAUAAUAUGAACUGCUAAAAUAACAGACAUUGUUGAGCCCUAUCCUGUAAUGGACAAUUAUUAUGUUCUGACAGAAUUAAA